CCUAGGUUUAAUCAGUGACAAUAAAUUUGAGCGAGCCUUGGUGGUGCUGGACAUAAUUUUGCUGAAUUCCUCUUCCAACUACAUUCAGAUGGAUGAUAAAAUUAUUCAGAUUAAUCAAGGUGGCAACAGUGCUGUGCCUGGAUGUGGGCUUUACAAUGAGCAAUUCUUCCCCUGGUGAAGAGUCCUCACUUGAACAAGCCAAGAAGAUUAUGACAAAGUUUGUGCAACGACAGGUUUUUGCUGAGAGUAAAGAUGAGGUCGCUGUAGUUUUGUUUGGCACUCAUGGUACUAGGAAUGGCCUUGCCAGUGGGGACCAAUACCAACACAUUACUGUACAUAGGUCACUAAUGCUGCCAGAUUUUGAUCUGCUGGAAGACAUUCAAGAUGUGAUUAAAGCAGGCUCUGAACAAGCAGACUUUCUGGAUGCAAUUAUUGUGUGUAUGGACUUGCUUCAGAAGGAAACAAUAGGAAAGAAAUAUGAGAAGAGACACAUUGAACUAUUUACAGACCUUAGUAGUCCUGUCAGUGAGGAUCAGCUGGAAAUUAUCAUAGCUAACUUGAAGAAAACAGGAAUUUCACUUCAGUUCUUUCUACCAUUUCAAGUGGUUAUUGAUGAUGGAAGUGGAGAUACAAUUGGCAGUGUACAUUCUCAUAUACACAGAAACUCAUUUCCAAUAAAGAGUUUAACUGAACAACAGAAACAAGGUAUUGAUGUGGUGAGGAAACUCAUGCAUACUUUGGAUGAAGAAGGAGGGCUGGAAGAAAUUUAUACUUUCAGAGAGAGUCUGGAACGUCUUUCAAUGUUUAAGAAAUUAGAAAGAAGGCCUAUGCCUUGGCCUUGCCAGCUCACUAUUGGUUCUAAUCUGUCCAUAAGGAUUGUGGCCUACAAAGCAGUCACAGAAGAGAAGGUGAAAAAAGUUUGGACAGUUGUGGAUGCUAAAACCCUUAGAAGAGAUGAUGUGCAGAAAGAAACUGUUUACUGCUUGAAUGAUGAUGAUGAGACAGAGGUUCAGAAAGAUGAUACUAUUCAAGGUUUUCGGUAUGGGAGCGAUAUAGUUCCUUUUUCCAAGGAAGAUGAAGAGCAAAUGAAAUACAAAACAGAAGGAAAAUGUUUUUCUGUUUUGGGAUUCACUAGAUCGUCUCAGAUCCAGAGACAUUACUACAUGGGCAACCAGGUUCUGAAGGUCUUUGCAGCAAAAGGUGAUGAGAAUGCAGCAGUUGCUUUUUCUGCCCUUGUUCGUGCACUGGAUGAGUUGAAAGUGGUAGCUAUCGUGCGCUAUGCUUAUGAUAGAAGGAGCAACCCGCAAAUUGGAGUAGCUUUUCCAUAUAUUAAGGAAGCAUAUGAGUGUCUCAUCUAUGUGCAACUACCCUACAUGGAAGACCUCAGACAGUACAUAUUUUCAUCCUUGAAAAACAAUAAAAAAUGCAUUCCUACAGUGGAUCAGUUGUCUGCUGUUGACUCAUUGAUUGAUUCUAUGAAUUUGGUUUAUGAAGAUGGAGAAACUUUUGAGGACCUGUUUAAGCCCAGCAAAAUCCCAAACCCUCACUUUCAGAGGUUAUAUCAGUGUUUGCAGCAUAAGGCUUUUCACCCUGACAAGCCACUGCCGCCAAUAGAGCAGCACCUUUUAGAGAUGCUGGAGAUGCCCUCUGUGGUAAAAGAAAGGUGUCAGGCUCCUCUUGAAAGAGUAAAAGCACUUUUCCCCCUGAAGGAAGUUGGCAAGAAAAAAGAAGAGAAGACUGCUCAAGACAUCUUCAAAGACAACAGCGAAGAUGAACCCCGCCUUAAGAAGCCAAAAACUGAAGAUGAGGAAGAGAGCUUUAGCAUCCUAAAACUUGCUGAAGGCAAUAUUACCUCUGUAGGAAGUGUUAACCCAGCAGAAGAUUUCCGAAUUCUGGUGAGGAAGAAAAACGCUGACUUCAAAGAUGUGAGUCAGCAGUUGAUAAACCGCAUUGAUCAGUUCCUGGAAAAUAAAGGUUCACAGUACUACGUGAAAGGGAUCGAUUGUAUUAGAGUUUUCAGAGAGGAGGCCAUGAAGCUGUCCAAGGUGCAGUGCUUUAAUGACUUUCUGCAAGCCCUGAAAUCAAAGUUGGAAGAUAAAGCCUUAGCUGAUUUCUGGGAGAUCAUGAUACAAGACAGAAUUUCUUUGAUCAGUAAAGAUGAAGCACAGGAAAGUUCAGUGACCAGCGAAGAGGCUCAAAAGUUCUUGGCUCCGAAAGAAAGUAAAAAUGAAAGUCUGCCUCCCACAGAUGAAGGUGGUGAUGUUGAUGAUUUGUUGGACAUGAUGUGACUGGGUGAUAUAUGGUGACUAUACAACCAAAGUUUUGGAAGAGAUCUCCCUGUGAGAUGGGGCACAAAAACAGAUGCUAAUGAGAAGACAGUACAUCCAUCUUUAUUUUCUCAAAUGAGAGCAGAAAUCCCAGAAACACUUCCAGUUGGUAUAAAUAUCAUCUGACUCUUCAAAACUAGAAGACUGAAAUGAUUUGAAGUGUUUGGGAAGUAAUAAUAGCUUUAAGGCAUCUUUUUUUUUUUUUUUUAAGAACACUGAAUCUAGCUUGUCCUUGGUAUUACUUUCAGCUAAACACUACUAAAUUUAAUGAGAAUCUGCUC